AUGUUAAGACUAUCAUCCAUAAAGAUCCAUAAUUUCAAGAGUUAUCUAGGAACACACGAGGUUACAGGUUUAUCGGACACAAUUACAGCAAUUGUAGGUCCAAAUGGAUGUGGUAAGUCAAACAUAAUAGAUGCAAUCAUAUUUGUGCUAGGAUACAAUGCUAAGAAAAUGAGGCAUAAUACUCUGAGAGACCUAAUUUAUAAAGGAAUGGAUAGUGCAUGGGUUGAAUUGAUAUUGAACAGAAAUGACACAAUGAUCACGUUGUGCAGGAAGAUAGGCAAGAAUGGAAGUAGUAAAUACCAUGUAGAUGGAAUUAUAAAGGAUGAUGUUGAGGUAUCAGGAGAGGUACAGAGCAAGCAAUACAAUGAAAUACUGAAGGAAUUGGGAAUAAACACGACGUACAGCAAGUUUCUGAUAUUACAAGGAGAGAUAGAAUCGAUAGCACUGAUGAAUCAGAUGGAGUUACUAAACUACAUUGAGGACUCAAUAGGAACAGGUUGUUACAGGGAUGAAAUAGAAGAACAAGAGAAGGAAGUGCAGAGGUUGAAUGAGAUGGUACAGAAUAAGAUGGAGGAGAAUGCGUUUAUCACAAACGAAUACGAAUUCAUCAAAAAGCAGGUGAUAUCAAAUUGCAUUCAGGUGAAGGAUGAGGAGAAAUCAGUAGAAAAAGAGAAGAAAGAAAUGGAGAAGAAAAAGAAGAAGAUUGGUGACAGAAUCAAUAAAAACAACAGUGCAAUUUCAGGAAUUGAGACUGAAUUGGAUAAAUUGACCAGAGAUAUUGAAGAUAGAAAGAAAGAGAUGAAGAAGGCAAUAAAAGAGAAGAAGUUGGUAGAAGUAGAACAAGAAUAUAGAUCAGUAAAAGAUGAAUUGAAAAGGGAGGAGAGUAGAAACAGGAAUAAGAAUGAUAAAAUGAGAGAAAUUCAGGCAAAAAUAGACGAAAUAGACGAAAUAGAAAGAAAUAAAGAGACUUUGAGAACUAUAACAAGAGAAAGAGAUGAAAACAAGACAAAGUUGAAUAUGCAGAAGAAAACACCAAUUGAAACAAGAUAUUUGGAAGAGAAACUGGAACAAUUAACAAGAGGAAUUGAGGAAGAAAAUAGGAUAGAAACCAAGAAAGAAAUAUACAGACAGAGGAUACAAGAGAAUACAGAAUACAUUGACAAAGCAAGAAAAGUCGAAAGAAACAAGAAUGAACUGAAAAUUGAAAUUGAUCAGAUUAAAAGAGACCUGAAAGCAACAGCGAAUGAACUACAAAAAAGAAGGCGAUAUAAUAAUGAAAAUAGCAAAGUUGACUAUUUGUAUAGGAAGCAGAGAGAUGUUAUACAUGCAAUAAAACACCUUGAUGGAUUUGUAGGGCAAUUCAGGGAGUUAUUAGAAGUAGAAGAAGGCUAUGAAACAGCCGUAGAAGCAGCAUCAAACCAGUUGAAUUCAAUUGUGGUAAAAACAACCAGUACAGCAGAAGAAGCAAUUAGAAUAAUACUGUCAUCCAAUAUGAUUAGAACAACAUUCCUGGUAUUAGAUAAGUUCAAUAAUACGAAUAUUGAUCAACUGAAUAAGUUAUCAAUAGUUCAUAAAAUCAAGACAAACAAAAUGUAUAGAAAUAUAUUGCAUAAAACACUAGGAAACACGUUGGUAGCUGAUGAUUUAGAACAAGGCAGAAGACUUGCAUUUGGUAGCAAAAGAGAGCGAGUUGUAACAAAAGACGGGAAAGUGUUGGAGAAAAGUGGAAUAAUGAGUGGUGGUGGAACAACCACAAGAAGAAAGCCAGUUCAGGAAUUGAUCGAUGCUGAGAAAAAGAUGAGAACAGUCCUGAAUGAGAAAGAGCAAGAAGUGCACAUUCUGACUGAAAUAGAGAACAAGAAAGUAGAAAUAGAACGAUUCAAGAUAGAAAUGACCAAAUUAACCAACAAACCAAUCAACCAGGAAAUUCAGGGCAGAUUAAAUGAAAUCAGGAAAAUACGUGAAGAAAUAGAGUCAAUCAGAAUGAAGAAUGAAGAAUGCAAUCAACUGUUAAGAGAAAUUACAAUAGCAGAAAGGAGAAAUGUAAUAAUUGAAAGAGAAAUCAGCAAAAUAGAAAAGGAAUCAGCCACUUUACCUGAUUUACAGAAUAUGAUAUCAAAACACCAGUGUGAGAUAUCAACAGAAAUCAAACUGCAAAACAAGUUGACUAAAAUCACAGAGUGCUACAACAACCUACAGAAUGAAUAUCAAUCCAAAAUAGAUCACAACAAACUGAUCAAUAGUGAAGUAGAAGAAAUGAUGAGAACUGUAAUUGAAAAUCAGGUCAAAAAGAGUGAAUUGGUAAAGGAAAUCAAACAACACGAGACUGAAUCCGCCAAAAUCAGCCUGAAUAUCGAUCAGUUGAAUUCCGAAUUAUCCAAAUUGAAUUCGAUCAUCAAUGAACUGGAACAGCUUGAAAAAUCCCCUGAUUCCGAGAACAGCCGUCCUGAUGGAAUCCACAUCUCUUUGAAUCAAAUCCAAAACAACAUCACCAAAUUCAAACUGAUCAAGGCGGAAUUCACCAAAUUCACCAAUGCCCUUGAAUCAGACCGUCACAAACUGAAUCACCUGAAAUCCACUCUCCAAUCCACCCGUGACACGCGUCUCACCAAAUUCACAGCUGCUUUCGGUGCAAUCAACCGCAGCAUCAACGGCAUCUUCAGCCGCCUCACUUUCGGAGGCUGUGCUGAAUUGGACCUUGUGAACUUCCUUGAUCCAUUUUCAGAUGGAAUUCAACUGCAAAUUAUGCCACGAAAGAAGGCGUGGAAGAGCAUCUCAAACCUGUCUGGUGGCGAGAAGACCCUCAGCUCCCUGAGUCUCGUCUUUGCCUUGCACCAGCACAGCCCAUCUCCCUUCUACAUCAUGGAUGAAAUUGAUGCUGCCUUAGACUACAAGAAUGUCUCACUGAUCAGCAGCUACCUUCAGGAAAUCAGUGCCCAAUUCAUCGUAAUCAGCCUCAGAAAUGACAUGUUUGAGGGAGCAGAGACACUUGUUGGUGUCUACAAGACCAAUGAGCAGAGCAAGCUGGUCAAAAUGGAUAUUUGA